UAAAUAAAGUCAUAUCCCGUCACAUAGCUCAAUACUCUUAAUCACCCUAGCCGCUACACACUUUUCUUGCGAUUAUCUCUUGAGAUUCUUUUUGACAAGCUACCAUGGGUAAAGAGAAGUUUCACAUCAACAUUGUGGUCAUUGGCCAUGUCGAUUCUGGAAAGUCAACCACCACUGGUCACUUGAUCUACAAGUUGGGAGGUAUUGACAAGCGUGUCAUUGAGAGGUUCGAGAAGGAGGCUGCUGAGAUGAACAAGAGGUCCUUCAAAUACGCAUGGGUCUUGGACAAACUUAAGGCUGAGAGAGAGCGUGGUAUCACCAUUGACAUUGCCCUCUGGAAGUUUGAGACCACCAAGUACUACUGCACUGUCAUUGAUGCUCCUGGUCAUCGUGAUUUCAUCAAGAACAUGAUUACUGGUACCUCCCAGGCUGAUUGUGCCGUCCUUAUCAUUGACUCCACCACUGGUGGUUUCGAGGCUGGUAUCUCCAAGGAUGGUCAGACCCGUGAGCACGCUCUCCUUGCUUUCACCCUUGGUGUCAAGCAGAUGAUCUGCUGUUGUAACAAGGUAACCAAAUCUUUUCCCGGUAUGGUUGUGACCUUUGCCCCCACAGGGUUAACCACUGAGGUUAAGUCUGUUGAGAUGCACCACGAGUCUCUUCUUGAGGCGCUUCCUGGUGACAAUGUUGGGUUCAAUGUUAAGAAUGUUGCUGUCAAGGAUCUUAAGAGAGGGUAUGUCGCCUCCAACUCCAAGGAUGACCCUGCCAAGGGAGCAGCAAACUUCACCUCCCAGGUCAUCAUCAUGAACCACCCUGGUCAGAUUGGUAACGGUUACGCCCCAGUCCUGGAUUGCCACACCUCUCACAUUGCAGUCAAGUUCUCUGAGAUCUUGACCAAGAUUGACAGGCGUUCUGGUAAGGAGAUCGAGAAGGAGCCCAAGUUCUUGAAGAAUGGUGACGCUGGUAUGGUGAAGAUGACUCCUACCAAGCCCAUGGUGGUUGAGACCUUCUCUGAGUACCCACCAUUGGGACGUUUUGCAGUGAGAGACAUGAGGCAGACUGUUGCAGUGGGUGUCAUCAAGAGUGUCGACAAGAAGGACCCAACUGGAGCAAAGGUGACCAAGGCUGCUGUCAAGAAGGGUGCGAAGUGAACUCCCAUCAACAAAACUGUAUCCGCAGAUGAAUUAAAGAAGUAUUUUAGUUUUGUCACUUUAGUUUGGUAUUUGGUCGCUUGUUUGUGUUACAGCUACUCUUUUUCUCCGUCAGAGCGUUGUUCCCGGAACUGGGUUCUUGAUCGGAGGUGGCGGAGCUACUUAGCAUUUAAGCUUCCUGUCUUUGCCUUUUGCUUUGUUUUUUGAGUUUGAACUAUUAUGGAGAAUUCGGUUAUAUGAUAUUGUGAUAUUCCUGCGAUUGUUAUUUUCUUAUCUUUA